UCGGUGUCGGCCAAAGCACUGGGCUGCUCCACAAACGGAGGCGGUCGCCGUUACCUCGCUAGCAGAGCGUUAGGGCAGUGUAACGCCCAGUGUAACGGCGCUUCGCGUGUUACACAUGCUGGACACGUAGUGUCAAAACUACACUCGCCACCACCCUGAUUUGAGCUGUGUGAUGUGCUCGUAAUGCAACUGCAAACACCUCGGAAAAUAACGCACUGACCGGUGGAAAUGGUUGUUAUUGAUUUCUGACGGUCUGAACGUCUUUACGGCAGAGCUGAUCGACUCUAAAUGCAGAUGGCGUGCUACGGAAGCCGUUUGGAGGAGGACAGCUAUGACGGAGAGCUGUCGGACUGUGCCUUGGCCAUGAUGGAGAAGGAGCGGGAUUCCCUCCUCAGCCCUUCAGAGAAUCCUGCCACCUUUAUGAGCAGCACAUCCCCUAGUCUCCAGAUCGCACCCGUCCAGGGCUACGACGUGGAGUUUGACCCGCCACUGGAGAGUAAAUACGAGUGCCCCAUCUGCCUCAUGGCUCUAAGGAACGCCAUUCAAACACCAUGCGGUCACCGUUUCUGCAAGAACUGCAUUGAGAAGUCUCUUCGUGAUGCAGGACAGCGCUGCCCUGUGGACAAUGAAAUGCUUUUAGAAGACCAGCUGUUUCCUGAUAACUUUGCCAAACGGGAGAUUCUUUCACUCACUGUUCGCUGUCCAAACGCCGACUGCUCUGAGAAAAUGGAGCUUCGCCAGUUAGAGACUCAUUUGGCACAGUGUCAGUUUGCCACAGUUAUUUGCCCACAGUGUCACCAGUCGGUGAGAAAGAGGCACUUAGAACCGCACACUACUGUGGAGUGUCAACGAAGGCCUGUGUUGUGUCCAGACUGCGCUGAGAACUUUGUUUAUGAAGAAAGAGAGCUACAUGAGCAGCAGUGUCCCUUUGCAAUUAUCAAAUGUCUGUACUGUGAGAUUGAACUAAGCAGAGAUCAGAUGGAAGGCCAUUGUGAUGCAGAUUGCCCCAAAGCACCUAUUGCCUGUAACUUCAGCUACUUUGGAUGUAAAGAAAGGAUGCAGCGGCACAACCUUGCCCAGCACAUGCAGGAGUUCACACAGAUGCACAUGCGCUACAUGGCUGAGGUCGUACGGUGCCUUAGUCUCAACGGAGCCAACAAAUCCCUCUGGACGCUUGGACCUCCUGUGUCCUCUGAGGAUCCAGGUGCUGCAGCUUCAGCCUCUGUUUCAGCCUCGAGUUGCUCCAGAGGAUCUGUAAGCUGUGCUCCAUGCCAGCCAAGUGAAGAAAUGCAAAGGCUGAGAGAGAUGGAUGGAAGAUUGGUGAAGCAGGAUCACCAGCUACGUGAACUCAUCAUCUUAAAAGAAACACAAGCAGGCCAGCUGGCAGAACUCAGGCGCAGGGUGUCGACGCUGGAGGAGACCGUGAAGGAACUGGAAUCUCUGCAGUGCCACGGCGUCUUCGUUUGGCGCCUCAGAGGUUUCUCUGCACACUUGAGAAACCAAGAAGCGGGCCAGGCCAUAGUCGAGCACAGCCCCGGGUUCUACACGGGCAGUCCGGGCUACAAGCUGUGCCUGCGUUUACACCUGCAGACACCCAAUGCACCGCGCUGUGCCAACUACAUCUCCCUGUUUGUCCAUGCCAUGCAAGGGGCAUACGAUGGACUGCUGACAUGGCCGUUCCAAGGCACCAUCAGGCUUACCAUUCUAGACCAGGGCCCCGAGGGACAGCACCACAUGGAGGUGAUGGAGACUAAGCCAGGACUGCAGGCCUUCCAGAAGCCCACAGUCAACCGCAACCCCAAAGGGUUCGGCUACGUCACCUUCCUACACCUGAACCAGCUGUCCCAGCGAGCCUUUGUUAAAGAUGACACGCUCCUCAUUCGCUGCGAGGUGACGCCGCGUUUUGAUGUGCCUCACCGGGACGGACCAACAGUGCAGCCGAGGGGACCUGAGGCAUCAGUUUCCAGAGACUAAAGUGACUUGUGGUGUCAUAACUCGUAGGUGGGUGAUAGCUGCUGACAACACCUUAAAUGACAGCUACACGUGUGAUACCCAUGUAAUCGUUUUAUAAUUUUUCAAUGAGGCUAACACAGUUUAAAGCAGCUGCAUUCUGACAAACUGCUACAUCAGGACUCAUCACUGUUCUGUGUUUGAUGCGAUCCACGC